AUGGUCCCCAGAGACAUUGCUCUCAGGUUCAGUGAGGAAAUCACUGAUGUGGUCAACCACAUUACCAGUGGAAUCAGUUAUCUGCUUGAAUUGGGAUCGAUCGACAGAAACAGUCUUCGCAAGUUCCAAAUGUCAAAGGAGCAGGAAAUCAAAUACGGUCUAAGAAAGUACCUUAUUGCGACCACUUCAUUCAACACCCUGAUUGCUAUCGACUCCAAGACAAGAGAGGUGAUCAUCGAAGAGAUCUUGGAAAGCGGAGAAGUUGUUCAUUUGAGCACACGCGCCAUCGCCUCCUCUCCUGCUGUCUAUAAGCUGAACGAUCAUAGCAUUCUCUUGAAAUCAGGCGACCGCGUUCAAUCCUUCCAUAUAGUUGAGAAUGACGACCUGGCAGAGAAGCAGUAUUACUUCUACAGCGUGGGAGAGCAGGAGGUGGAAGGGUGGAAGGUGGUGGACGAGCAGGUGCAGCCCAUCUGGAACUUCCAACUGAAAGGAAGCGAAAAAGUUAUGAAGACUGCUAGUGCCUUCAGAGGACAUCAGAUCUCACACAUUCCACUUUACGAUCGCGAAAAAGUCUUCUUCAAGAACGUGGAUUUCACCAACAUCGCAGUUCUCACAAGUCUAAACCACACCACUUUGGGUCUCUACAUUAUCAAUGGUCGCACUGGUAAAGUCCAAUACAAUGCUUUCAAAAACUCAGUCAACAACGCUCUUCCCGUGAACCUUGUCUACGACGAAAACAACGUCCUCGUCUCCUACUUCCACACCCGUAACAAAUACUUCGAAAUUUGGACCAUUGAGCAAUACCAGGAGCGGAUCGAGAAUUCAGCCAUAAACAUGAUUUCGGACUAUCUCAACGGCGUUCCCUAUACUCCUCAAGAAAAUCGAGAACAGACCAUUUUCGAAAGCGAAGUAUACGGGUCGCCAGUGGCCAUCAAGUCACUCUACAUCAGUCAGUCCAAACAAUCACUUACUCGUCGUAACCUCUUCAUCAUCACCCGCGAAAAUAAACUUUACACUAUCAACCGCGAUUUCGUCAAUACUCGUCGUCCCCGCAAAGAUUCAAAGGAUGCAAAGGGCUUCUUCUCCAACGAAAAGCUGCCGGAGUAUGCUGACCUGUUGCCUUUCAAUCCCAGUUUUUACCUCAGCUACGAUCUUCCUCUCAGCAACCUCGACUCAGUGGUCUUCAGUCCAGCCGAUAUGGAGUCAUCAAUUUUCGUCUUCUGCUACGGCGUGGAUAACUUCCUCAUCAGAACGGCUCCCGAUAAGACAUUCGACAUGAUCAUGGAGGAUUUCAACUACUUGAUGCUUUUGGUGAUCCUGGCAGCCGGCACUGCAGCGAUCCUCUUCUUCAGACGUCUUCUCAAGUUGGCCAAGCUCAAAAAGCCCCAUCUCGAAUGA